AUGGCAGCCGGCCGGACGGAGGCGCAGGACCACCCGCCCGAGAACGGCUUCACCCCUCUGGAGCACCCAGUGCCCCGGCUGCUGCCGCACAUCGACGGCUUGGUCCUGCCGUCUCUGGGGGGGUUUGGGAAACAUCAGAAGCAGCUGGUGGUCCUGACCUGGAUACCGGCAUUGUUCAUCGGCUUUAGUCAGUUUUCGGAUUAUUUCCUACUGGCUCAGCCCAAUGGGACGUGUGUGCGACCCCUCACCAACGACAGUAACUGGACCUCUGCAGCCCCGCCGCUCACCGGUGGCGCGCCGGCACUGCAACUCAAAGUCAACGGCACCGAGGGGGGUACGGCACCGAGGGGGGUACGGCGGCGGCGGCGGCGGCGGGGCGGGGUGCUGUGCGACUGCAAGGAGUGGAGGCUGGAGCUGCACACGGGACUUAGUCAGAAUGUGGUUACCAAGUGGAACCUGGUGUGUGACUCAGCCUGGAAGGUGCACAUUGCCAAGUUCUCUUUGCUGGUGGGCUCCAUAUUUGGCUACCUAGUGAUGGGUGUCAUGGCUGACUGGUUUGGUCGGCACCCGGUCUUGAUUCUCUCGGUGCUUUUCAUGCUGGUGUUUGGUCUGAGUGUUGCCUUCUCUGUAAACGUCACCAUGUUCAGCACCUUGCGCUUCUUUGAGGGUUUCUGCUUGGCGGGCCUCGCUCUCUCCCUCUACGUGCUCAGGAUCGAGCUUUGUUUACCAGCCUGGCGUUUUUCAAUGACCAUGGUGGCCAGUUUUCUGAUGGUGGCCGGCCAGCUACUGAUGCCAGGGGUGGCCGCUCUGUGCCGCAAUUGGCCGGACCGUGAUGACUGGCAGGUCCUGCAGAUUGUCAUAAUCAGCCCUUUCGUUCUGAUGCUGCCCUACGUCUGGCUUUUUCCAGAGUCGUUGCGCUGGUUGCUGGCCACCCAGCACUAUAGGCGGUCCAAAACCAUGAUGCUGCGUAUCGCCAAGAAGAACCAGGUUAACAUGACAACCGAGCCCAAUGGAGUUCUGGCAGAACUGGAGCAGGAGCUGCACAAGAAACCCCAGCCGACCUGUAUUGUCAAGAUGAUGAGUACCAGGAACCUGUGGAAAAACAUUGUGGUGCUGUGUGUCAACUCGCUGACAGGUUACGGGAUCCACCACUGCUUCGCCCGCAGUAUGAUGGACCCAGAGGCCCAGCCUACCGCUUUGUGCCACGCCGACUAUUACACGAUGGCUGGCAUCGCUGUGGCGACCUGCCUGGCGGUUUGCCCCGCGGUGGGGUUGAUGGGUCGGCGUGGGGGGCUGCUCACCUUCAUGAUCAUUACAGCACUGGCAUCACUGCUACAGCUGGGUUUGCUCAACUUGAUCGGCAAGUACAGCCUUCGCCAUGACAUAGUUCUGCGAGACACUCUGAACAGGAAAUUCUCGGUGGCUUUCUCCAUCAUCGGCAUGUUCUCCUCUCACGCAGUCAGCACACUCAGCAUAUUCUUUUGUGCUGAAAUCACCCCUACUGUCAUCAGGGGUGGAGGACUGGGUCUGGUCCUGGCCAGCGCCGGGUUCGGCAUGCUCACCGCACCCAUCAUGGAGCUCCACAACCAGAAGGGCUACUUCCUGCACCACGUGAUCUUCGCCUGCUGCACCCUGCUGUGCAUCAUCUGCCUGCUGCUGCUGCCCGAGCCGCGGGGCCAGCCACUGCCGGAGAGCCUGGCCGACGGAGAGACCUUCACCCGACAGACGCUGCUCCAUCCAGGGGAGCAGCACCUUCUUCUCGCCAAGACCGAUGGUGACUACUCCCGCGUCCACGACACGCCGUUACACCUCACAACCACUGGGGGCGCUACAGUGGCAGCAGCGACCGCUCUGGCAGCGGUGCCGGCCUCGUACGCCCUGGCCACUGGUGGGGAGGUGAUUGGAAAUCGUGCCAUAGCCAACGGGGUGUGAGCAUCCUAGCAAUAGUCUACUAUUGUGUUAAUUGUUGCUUUAGCAUUAAUCUGAACUGAAUGGUUAUUGAACUUGUGUAAAAAAAACAACUUUUAAGGGACGAAAAAAGAUUCUUUCGGAUGAACCAGAUGAACACUUUUAACAGUGAGCCUUGAGACGGUGACGAUAAUAAAUUUGUGUAGUUUGUAGUGACUAUGACUCAUUCAGGAGUUGCCAAAAAAAUAUUGGACUAAGUCUAUCUGAAGUCAGUGUGUGUUAAAUAAUAUGAAAGUCUUGAGUGGUGUUGGUGAUUUUCUUUCACUGCCGUCCGCUCCGACGAGAAUGAAGAAGCAGACGCAGGCCAACUGGAGCUGACUAGCUUUGAUAUAACGUGUGCUCGUGUUUGCAGUUUUGACUCGUUCACUGCAUCUUAUAAUUCUUUAAAAGUUAUUUUUGCACUAAAUCUCAGAGACACAAUCAAGUGUUUGUGAUUUUCAGCCAACUUGUUGGAGAUCCAGGGA